AUGUCGAUGAGGAAGUUAGCGGCCGAGAUCGACAAGACGCUCAAACAAGUAGCCGUCGGUGUCGAGACGUUCGAAUUGACGUUCGACAAGCUAGGUCAUGCGACGAACGCGACUCAAAAGGAGAAGACGGAGAAUGACUUGAAAGCGCAGAUCAAGAAAUUGCAAAAGAUGAGAGACCAGAUUAAAGCGUGGAUAGGGAAUAAUGACAUAAAGGAUAAGAAUGCUUUGUUGGAUAACAGGAAGUUGAUCGAGGUGCAAAUGGAGCGUUUCAAAGCAUUAGAAAAAGAGAUGAAGAUGAAAGCCUUCUCCAAAGAAGGUCUGAUCGCCAAAUCGAAAUUAGACCCAGCUGAGAAAGCACGAAGGGAUAUGAUCGAUUGGGUCGGUAACACGACCGAUGAAUUAUCGAGACAGAUCGAACAGACUGAAGCCGAAGCUGAGUCGUUGCAAGCUACAAGGAAGAAGAAGGCUUCGGGUGAUAGGUUGAGUGAAUUAGAGGAGUUGAACGAAAGGAGACAGUGGCAUAUAAGUAAAUUGGAAUUGGUACAGAGGAUGUUGGAGAAUGGAACUUUGCCUGUUGAAGAUGUAGAGAACGUCCAGGAAGAUAUCAAAUACUUCGUUGAAGCCAAUGCUGAAGAAGACUUCGACUACGAUCAAGGACUCUACGACGAACUCAACUUACAGGAAGAGGAAGAUUACAUCCAUGAUUACGGUCAUGUUGACGAAGGAUCAAACGUGGAUGACGCAUCAGUCGCUGAUGUGACCGAAUCGGUUAGCACUGGUGCACCGAAAACACCUGCUAAAGAAGACAAAGACAGUUCGAAGAAAGGUACACCUGCUUCUAAAGCCACUUCCACCACAACGCACGAAGAUGCCCCUUCUAGUCCCGUCUCAGCCAAGAAAGUGCCGUCUCGAAAAACGACGAUGGAAACGAAGCCAAAAAGCUCAGAAUCGAUACCGCCUGUUCCAUCUGUUCCCACACCUGCCCCCGCACCUACACCUAAAACAGCCGCCUUACCCCCUAUAAGGUAUGCUGCUGCCGCUGCCGCAGCUGUAGCUAGCUCAACACCUGCUUCAUCGGCGACAGCUGUAUCUCAGCCAGGACCGGAGACUUCACCUUCGAAAGCUAAAGAUUCACUUCCGCCUGCUCAGUUGACUGAGACACCCCAGGAAGAAGCACCUACACCAGCUCCUGCUCAGAGUCCACCCAAGGUAUCAAGUCCAGAUCAAGUGGAUGGUCAAGCUAAUGGCCAUUCACCAGCACCACCUCCUGGAAUAUCAGCUACUCAAUCACCUCUUCCAUCGACACAGCAAUCCACUCAAUCGCAAACACCCGCUGUACCACCUCAAACCGCUGUGGCCCCACCAGGAUAUGCUCCUCAACAUGCUGAAUCUAGUAGAGCUGCUCAACAGCCUCCUCAAGCGGCACCUCAACCGAUUCAGCCGGGCGUCAUGGGCAACUUGAUGCACAGCUUCGAGAUGGCCAAGGAGAUGUCCAAGAGAAGGACUAAUGAUGUGCAUGAGUUGAACGCUGCUUUGGAUGGAAGUUAUAGUAAUAUCCCACAACAGCUGGAUGCUGAACCACCACGAUAUUACCACCCUAAGAAUCCAAUCAAGACCCCCUCAUAUUAUCCCCAGAGUAGAUUACCCAUCCUGGAAGACAAGUCAAUUUACUCUCGACUAGAUCUAGAUCAACUUUUCUACAUAUUUUACUAUAUGACGGGAACGUACGAACAAUGGUUGGCGGCAAGAGAAUUGAAACGACAAUCGUGGCGAUUCCACAAGCAGUAUCUAACAUGGUUCCAAAGGGCUCAUAAUCCGCAGGCUAUAACGGAGGAUUAUGAACAAGGUGGUUAUUACUAUUUCGAUUGGGAGAAUAGUUGGUGCCAGAGAAGGAAGAGCGAUUUCAGGUUUGAGUAUCGAUGGUUAUCGGAUCAUUAG